AUGGCGGAGAAAGGCAAGCCAGCGACGGGAUCACUGUCAGAAGAUGGCCUCAAGCACUUCAAGACGUACAAAUACUCCUCUGUGGACAAGUCGCCCGUGUCCUACUACGUCUUGAGGCAUUAUUGGAACUUCUGCGUUGAAUUCUUGCCAUUAUGGCUCGCCCCCAACAUGGUCACGCUCAUCGGCUUCUUCUUCGUCAUUGCCAAUGUUGGCCUCCAACAACUCAUGGACCCCGACUUGACUGGACCUAAAUACGCCUGGGUCUCAUACAGCUACGCCUUCGGAGUCUGGGCGUACUCAACCAUGGACAACAUCGAUGGGAAACAAGCACGGAGGACGGGUACAUCAUCUGGACUUGGAGAACUAUUCGACCACGGAAUUGACUCGCUCAAUUGCACCCUUGCGAGUUUGCUCGAGACGUCUGCCAUGGCACUGGGUCCUACGCCGAUUGGUGCCUUGACAGCUUUGAUUCCUACGUUGCCAAUGUUCUUUUCGACCUGGGAGACGUUUCACACGCACACGCUAUAUCUGGGAUACUUCAAUGGACCUACUGAGGGACUCUUGCUUGCGAGCUUGCUAAUGAUUUCUUCGGGAUACUUUGGGUCUCACAUCUGGCACAAACCUAUGGCGGAGAUUGUAGGGUUCGAUGAGACGCUGGGCAGCCUGAGCGUGAAGGAUGUGUGGGCGGCGGUGCUUCUGCUCGCGUUCACCUUCGGCCACGUUCCACCUUGCGUCGUCAAUGUCGUUGCUGCGAGGCGAGAGAAGAAUCUUCCCAUUUGGCCCGUCUUCCUCGAAUGGACGCCUAUGGUUGUCUUCACUGGAUCCCUGGUCGCCUGGCUCGGCUCACCGUACUCAACCCUCCUCAGCGAAAACCACCUCUGCCUGCUGUGCCUCACACUAUCCUUUGUCUUCGGCCGCAUGACCACAAAGAUGAUCCUAGCUCAUCUAACAAGACAGCCCUUCCCCUACUGGACCGGCCUCCUAGCUCCUCUCAUCGGCGGCGCCGUCAUGGUCAACCUGCCAUAUUUCGGUUUCGAGCCCGUAUCCUCUGAAGUCCAACUCUAUUAUCUCUGGGCGUACUUCAUCGUCAGCAUGGUGGUGUACUUCCGCUGGGCGUAUCUCGUCUGCAAUGCGAUUUGCAACUAUCUUGGCAUCAAUUGCUUGACGAUUCCGGAGGAGAAGUGGAAGGUCUUGAAGCAGCAGCAGGAGAGUGAGAAGAAGAAGGCUUAG